AUGGAGAGUCCGCAGCUGGCUGUGGUGAUUGAAACAUGGGCAUUGCUAUUUUUCUGCCGGUCUGCACAGGUGGUCAACCAGUCGGUGACCUACUUACCAUCCCAGCUAACGAAACCUGUAGGAGACACUGCCGUAUUCACGUGUAAAUUCCCCAACGUGAUUGCUUCUGAAUACAAGCAUAAUUGGUACAGGGAAUAUAACGAAAGUCAGACAAGGAAAAUCACUGAGCUCAAAGAAAAACACGACAGCGGAAAGUACAGCGGAAAGUACAGUGUUACUCGUGUGGACUCACACACAUUUGAGGUGAAAAUCCUGAACCUAGAGAAGACGGACGCGGGGAAGUAUUACUGCGGGCUUAUAGCAAUAUCAUCCACACGGCCAGUGAUUGAAAGCAACAGAUCUAUCCUCAUGGUGACAGAAAAAGCUAACGCUACAGCGGAGCCUGACUUGCAGGAGGAGGAAGAGGAGGAGGAGAAUGGGGAAAGAAAUGGCAAGGAAAUCCCUCUUGCUUUCAUUGGUGGCGCUGGGCUGUUUUUGGGUCUUGCAUUUUUGGGGUUCUUGCUCUUUAAGGCCGUCAGGAGAAAAAAAGAGGAAGUGACGCGGCCUUCUGAAAACGCCCCCCUGGAAGAAGAACCCCCUGCAGUGAACAUUUUCACUGUGGAUUACGGGAUCCUGGAAUUCCCGGCCAAACCCCCACCCAAGCGCCCUCCAGAGGAGAAGACUGAAUAUGCCACCAUUGUGUUCCCCGCCUGCAAGAAGCCACCAAAUCACCAGUACUGCAUGAGCAGAGCACAGCUGCACUGA